AUGUGCUCAUACUUUAGCCAUUUAAUUUCAGCCCUGGAAUCUCCAAUCUCUACUGAACUUAAGGACCUGGGCAGCUCAGAUGGUCCGCCGAGGAACUGGAAGGGCAUUGGGAUCGCAAUGGUGGUGAUUCUUGCUGUGAUGUCCCUGGUCAUUCUCUCUGUCAUCCUCCUCACUCCAGAUGAGUCCCACCUGUUACUGCGCUCCCAUCUGACCAUGGAGGACAUAGAGAGUGAGGAGUUCAAAGUUCAUGACCCCUCGGUGGUAUGGUUGAAUGAUAAUGAAGUCGGGCUGCGUACCAGAGAGGGCCAUGUGUUAUCAUUCAGUCUGAACAGCAACAUCACCACUGCUCUGCUGGACAACUGCUCCCUGGACCUAUCUAAGACCAGAUUCCAGGUAUCUGCAGACAUGAGGUUUGUCCUGUUGGCGUACGACAUCCGACCGGUGUUCACUCAGUCCUUCACAGCCUCCUAUGCCAUCUACAAUGUGGCGUCUGGAGAGCUGCAGGAUCUGAGGGAGAAGGCCAUGCUGCAGUACGCCUCCUGGGGACCACAGGGAAACCAGCUAGCCUAUGUGUUUGAGGGCGAUAUCUACUACAAACAGAGUGUCACUGCCAGAGCCCUGCGCCUCACCACCACAGAGCCAGAGGAGCACGUGGUCAACGGCCUCUCAGACUGGACCUAUGAGGAGGAGAUUCUUCUGACAUACGCUGCCCACUGGUGGUCUGAAGACGGUGCUCGGCUGGCCUAUCUCACCAUCAACAACUCUGCCACUCCUGCCAUGGAAAUACCACACUUUUUAGGCAGUCUUUACCCGUCCAACAUCUUUUUCCCUUACCCAAAGGCUGGUUCGAACAUCCCAUCUGUGAGUCUGUUUGUAGUCAAUCUAUACGGUCCAGCUCAUACCCUGGAGAUGUUAGCGCCGGACUCAUUCAAAUCCAGGGACAGUUACAUCUCCAUGGUGACGUGGAUCAGCAGCACACGUCUGGCCGUUCGUUGGUUAAACCGAGCUCAGAACCAGUCAGUGCUGUGUGUGUGUGAGGCCACCACUGGAGCCUGCUCAGAGAAACACAAAAUGACUAUGGAUAUAAUGCAAAACCAACGGCAGGAUUUGCCAUUGUUCUCCUCAGAGGGCCCUGUGUUUUAUACCAUCCUUCCAGCCAAACAAGGAGCCAGCGGGGAGUUUCAUCACAUCGCCAAUCUCUCUGCUCAGCCUGUCACCCCGACUGUACCACCGAGAUUUCUGACAUCGGGGAACUGGGAUGUCACCUCCCUGUGCGCUUUGGACGAGAAGGCUGCAAAAAUUUAUUUUCUGAGCACAGAGGAGUCCCGGCAGAGUAGACAUCUGUACAGUGUGGAGUUGGACGGCGUGUUUCAGAGACAGUGCAUCACGUGUAAACUGAUCGAUGGAUGUCAGUUCUUCAAAGCUGUGUUCAGUCCAAACAACACUCACUUCAUCCUCUACUGCCUCGGUCCAGGGAUUCCAAGAGUGACAGUUCAUAACACCAAAGACCCCUCCAGAUAUGUGUUGUUGGAAGAUAACAGCCCACUGGCUAAAGCUCUGGAAGACAAACACCUCCCUGAGACUGUGUUCAAGACCAUCUCAACAGAAAACAAUGUUCUUCAUCUAAAGUUGUCUCUACCUCAAGGAUAUGAAGCCAAUCUUUACCCACUCCUCAUAAUGGUAGACAGUGUUCCCGGGAGCGAAUGGGUCACAGAGGAGUUUGAGGUCGCAUGGCCACAGGUGCUGCUUAGUGCACACAGCGUGGCCUUGGCCUGGGUGGAGGGCCGGAGCGUCAGGGGGCAGAAGACCACUGCAGCAGACCCUCGCAAGAUCGGAUCACUCAGAGUCAAAGACCACCUGGCUGCAGUAGAGUGGCUAAUGCAGCUUCCAUUUAUCGACGAUCGCAGAAUGGCCCUCUAUGGAAAGGCAUUUGGUGGUUAUUUAACUCUAAAGAUGUUAGCUGCCACAGAUAAUCUGUUUCAGUGCGCCGCGGCAGUCGCUCCGAUCACAGACUUCAGACUCUACAGUGCAGCCUUUUCAGAGCGAUAUUUGGGUCUGCCUGCAAAAGAAGAGCAUGCUUAUUCAAUGGCAUCAUUGCUAGGGGAGAUAAACAAACUGAAAGAUGAGAAUUUCCUUAUAGUUCACGGAACAGCAGAUGCCAGGGUCCACUUCCAGCACAGUGCAGAGCUGCUGAGUCGCCUGGUAAAGGUAGAAGCCAACUACUCUCUGCAGCUGUACCCAGAUGAGGGCCACGUCCUGAAGGAUCCUCGGAGCAUCGUCCACUUCCAGAGGACGAUGGUGAACUACCUGCACACUUGUCUGCAGCACAGCAUCUACCCAGAGCCAGAGGAGGAAGAAGAGGAGGAAGAUGACUAAAUGUUAUCCUUAAAACAUUGGACUGAAUGAAUCUUAUGCACGGCCUCUGGGUCAGAUCAUAGGCACAACAGCACAGGACUGGGGACCAAACAAACAUGAAUAGUAGUACAUCCAAACAAAAUGCUUUCCUAUGAACCACACGAUUACUUAAGCUGUGAGGAACGCCUCGGCCAAAUAAACUAUGGGUCACUGAUUCUACAAAAGUUUACAUUUAGAACAUGCAUGUCAUACUGGCUGCAUGAUGUGGAAUAGUUUACAAUGAGUUAUGUUUCUUUCCUUCAUCAGGGUUACAUGUGCACAAAUCUGCCAAUAAAGACACUUGAAGAUUUUUUACAACCUAUGUUCAUCAAAACCCUGUUGUCUCUUUUUACCAUUGACUGACACAGCUAGGCUCUUUUGGGAUGUGAACCAUGUUACUCUCCAGUCUGUAGGAAAGACAAAACUCACUUGUUUAACUGGUUACUAUACCAGUUUUUCACAAUGUGUG